GAAACUCCGCGAGAGCUCCACCGAGCAGCAGUCUCUCUCUCUCUCUCUCCUCUCUCUUCUCCUCGCGAUCGGCGCGGCUUCGCCGGCGCGGCUCUCCGGCGCGGCUCUCCGGUCCGGCGAUGGCGACUCCGUCCGACGCUCAGGCCGUCAAGUCUCUCAACACGGCGCCCGGCCGCCGGCGCUUCGUCUUCAAAACGUUUUCCCAGAGGUUGGAGGAAAUUGAGAUCGAUGUCUACAAGAGCCUCGACAGAAUUAAGUCCGAGCCUUCUGAGGGAUCGUCUUUUUUCAGGGAUUGCCUCGUAGAAUGGAGGGAAUUAAACACCACGGAGGAUUUUAUCUCUUAUUACGAGGAGAUUAUGCCUUUAGUACAGACAUUGCCCUUGGUUUUAUUGCACAAGGAAGUGAUAAUCUCAAAGCUUUUAUCUAGACUACAGAUGAAGGCGAGAUUAUCACUUGAGCCAAUUAUCCGGUUGAUUUCAGCUUUAUCUAGAGAUUUGCUGGAGGAUUUUUUCCCGUUUUUACCAAGGAUUGUUGAUUCUUUAGUUUCUCUUCUCGAAAAUGGUGCUGAUAAGGAAACUGAGAUUAUUGAACAGAUCUUCUGCUCAUGGUCAUCAAUGAUGAUGUAUUUGCAAAAGUAUCUAAGACGAGACAUUGUAUAUGUGCUCAAGAUUACGACCAAAUUAAGAUAUUAUGUUAAAGAAUAUGUCCAAGACUUCAUGGCAGAAGCAAUGUCAUUCUUGCUACGGAAUGCACCUGUUGAAGAGCUUAUAAAAGGUGUAAGAAAGCUCAUGUUUGACGUUGUGAAGAAACAAUCAGUUGAGAGAAAAGCUGGUGUUAGUGCACUAUUGUAUUAUACUAUGAGAGGAACAUCACUGAAGUUCCAUUCAAAGGCAGAGCGUGUACUGCAGAUAUUGCUGGAUAAUUCAAUUUUCAGGAUUGGUGAUAAAUUCACCGAAGGUGCAGACACUAUUGUUGAGGUCAUUGAUGCUGCCUUCCAAAGGUUGUGUGAAGCACUGGAGUCCAAGGAGUUGACUUUGUUGUGGAAUUGCUUGUAUCAGGAGACCAUUGAUGCUAUAAAUAGCAAAAACUCUUCCUACCUUGGCAGACUCUUGACUUUAUUAAUCUCGAACGUCCAGUUUGACGAAGGACGCAAAGUUUUAGAUUAUGGGCCGCUUCUUGAACUUGUGACAAUGCUUGUGCAAAAGCUUUUUGUCUCUCAUGGUUCCACAGUGGCUGAGGAUGGUCUUGUCGAGGUUCUUGAUAAGGUUCUGAAGUUAAUGCUAUGUAUUGUCGAUGGGCUACAUCGUGCUAAUAACUCGUCUGCUCUCCAACACUGCUGUCUGCAAUGGACUCCUCUAUUUGAGUUGCAAAACUUGAGUUUGUUGGAAUUUAUUGGAGAAAUGCUACUGAAGGAUUCUUCCAUAGUGUGUGCAUUCCGUGCCAUCAUUUUGAGGACAUUGGAUAAUUUAAUUGAAAAUUCCCUGGAACAAGUGAUCUGUCUUUGUCUCUGCUUAUCUGAGAAAAUGCAAGUAGCGGUUGACAUCCAUGGGGUGUUAUUUGGAGGACAUUCAAGGAUUCAGCAAUUUGUGCAGCAAACUGUUACCAACUGGGUAUCUCUGAUAAAGGGUUUUAGAAAUGGAGAUCGCUUGUCUGCUCAACUUGAUGAGGCUGAACUGGCUUUGCUGUGGGGAGUCAUAUGCUGCUAUCCCUAUGCCUUUGACACUCCCCACUGUCUGGCCUUGUUAAUGGACCUGAUUGAUGAAAUUGAUCAACUUAUACUGGCCCAAGAUGAUAAAAUCCUAGGUUUUGCUAGGCACACCUGGCAAAGCCUGAUUGGUACUGCUAUAAGUUCCCACCACAGACUGUGUUGCAAUACGAAAGCUGGGUUUGAAGAUGCAAAUAAGGUUGUGCAACUUGCGAAAAAACACAAAGCAUCUCCUCAAGUGUUGGUGGCUGUUGCUGAUUAUCUCGAUAGUGUGCAUGGGUCUAAAUUGCAAGAAGCUUAUGACACAUACCAUCAGGAGUUCGAGGCAAACAAGUUUGUGGAUGCAGUUGAUUGUUUUGCAGAAAAUUUAUGUCACUUUGACAAGAGGAUUCGUGUCUCAACUUUACGAAUACUGUCGCAUUAUCAGCCUCUCAGUUGUGAUAUCUAUGCUUCAGAUCGACCUGUAGGGCAGAAAAUGAGUGAUGAAAUUUGCCAGACUUCCCAUGGCAUUGGUCUGGGUGGUAAUGUGCUUGAGCUCCUCCUUUCUAUUGAGACGAUUCCUCUUUCAGUUUCUACCAGCAGGAAAGUGAUCCUACUGAUCUCUAAAAUACAGAUGGAUUUAUCUGCAGGAAGGAUUGGUGAAAGCUAUUUACCCUUGCUUUUAUAUGGGAUAAUAGGCAUCUUUUAUAAUAGAUUUAGUUAUCUGUGGGCUCCAGCAUUGGAGUGCCUUGCUUUUUUAAUUAGCAAACAUGCUGGAACUAUAUGGGACAUAUUUAUAAGGUAUCUCAGAGACUGCCAAUUGGUUUUCAAAGCUUCCUGUGAUCAUGUUAAUGAAGUAACUGCUGAUUUGCCUGACAAGUCAAAUGGCUUGGUGAAGCGCUUUCAUUUGUUUACAAGUCCAGUGGUGGAUAGGACACCUAUUGAGUCGGUAUUUUCUCUGUUGAUCCAAUCUCUGCAAAAAGUUCCAACUAUUGCUGAAGCUCGAUCUCGGCAACUUGUUCCUCUUUUCUUGAACUUUUUGGGCUACAGUGAUCAUGAGCAUUCAAGUGUUGGUUCAUUCGACUCACAUGCUUGUAAAGGAAAACAAUGGAAGGGCAUCCUCAAAGAAUGGCUGAACCUGCUAAAAUUGAUGCGCAAUCCUAAAUCCUUCUACUGGAGUCAGUUUCUCAAAGAAGUUUUGCAAAACAGGCUUCUGGAUGACAAUGACCCUGAAAUACAGAUGAAGGUUCUGGAGUGCCUCCUGACAUGGAAGGAUGCGUUCUUACUGCCUUAUGAGCAGAAUCUCAGGAACUUGAUUGAUUCAAAAAGCUUACGGGAAGAAUUAACUACCUGGAGUUUAUCCUUGGAUUCUAAUCUGAUUGAAUAUAGUCACAGAGCUUAUAUUGUUCCUUUAGUCAUCCGGAUUUUGGUCCCCAAAGUGAGAAACUUAAAGACACUAGCCUCACGAAAGCACAAGAGUGUGUAUCAUCGGAAGGCAGUUCUUGGUUUCAUUGCUCAGUUAGAUGUCAAUGAGCUUCCGCUUUUCUUUGCACUGCUGGUAAAGCCAUUUCAAGUUAUUACAAUGGGAAGUGAUGGCAUGCAGAAUUGGUUUGUGUAUUCUGGAAGCAGUUCAAUGGACGACUUUCUGGCAUUUAACUUUUUGAAGUAUUUCACUACGGAUAAUAUAGCAGCCCUAUCUUGGAAGAAGAGAUCUGGUUACUUGCAUGUAAUUGAGGAUAUUCUGAUGACCUUUGAUGAACAUCAUAUUAACCCAUUCCUUCAACUGUUAAUGGGUUCUGUCAUGCGAUUUUUGGCUUUCUGUACGUGUCAAUUGGACAGGGGAAAGAGCAACCAGGCUUCGAAUGAGGACACUGGAGCAGGGGAUAAUCUUUUGGUGGGUGUGGAAAGUAAGCAGCUCAAGGAUCUGAGGUCUCUAUGCCUGAAAAUUGUUUCCUCUGUUUUGAUUAAGUAUGAAGAACAUGAGUUCGAUGGCGAAUUGUGGGACCUUUUCUUCCAUUCGGUGAAACCAUUAAUUGAAGGCUUCAAACAAGAGGGUUCAAGCAGCGAGAAGCCAAGCUCACUGUUCUCUUGCUUUCUUUCUAUGAGCAGAAGCCACAAACUUGUAUCCCUGUUGUGUAGGGAACAAAGCCUGGUCCCAGAUAUGUUUUCAAUGCUGUCUAUUACAACUGCAUCUGAAGCAAUUUUAUCAGGCGUUUUAAAGUUUAUAGAGAACCUUCUCAAUCUUGACAGUGACUUGGGGGAAGAGGACAGUUGUGUUAGAGAAGUUCUACUUCCUAACGUUGAGGAACUUACCUGUAGUCUGCAUUCUCUUUUUCUCGGUGAUUCUCCUAUAAAGAGGAAAUUGAUCAAACAUCCUGGGGAGUCUCUGAUUAAAGUAUUUAAGUUGCUACCCAAGUAUGUGAGCAAUCAAUCACUGGGAAGAAAGAUUAUGGAUGUUUUACUUAUGUUCUUGUCGAAGGGAGCUCAGAACCCUGAUGUUUAUCGAGAAAUUCUGCAUGUGAUUCGAGACUUGUUACCUGUCUUGAGUGGCACAUGCGAUAAGGAGAUUCUGGUUGCAGUUUCCCCUCUGCUUAGUUGGGUCGAGUUGGAUAUGCGAGUAUCUAUAUGUAAUCUUCUGGCUGCUCUUGCUGAAACUGACCAUUCUAUAGCUGUUGUGGGAAAACUUAUAAAUGAAUUGAAUGCAACCUCUUCCAUGGAAAUAGAAGGCCUUGACUAUGACAGAAUAACGAAUGCAUAUGAAAAGAUUAGCUUUGAUCUGUUCUAUUCUGUUGAAGUGGAUCACGCAUUAAUCAUUUUGUCUCAGUUUGUCUAUGAUAUGUCCUCUGAUGAAUUAAUCUUAAGGCACAGUGCAUAUCGGUCGUUGCAUGCAUUCAUUGAAUUUUCCACCAAGAUCAUUGACCGUGAAACAAAGGGGGUAGAAAAAACACCAGAAGGCAUGGUGGUUCAUGACAGUAGUUGCUGGACAAAAUCCUCUGUUGAGCGCAUUGUUGAUAAGUUCCUCUUGAAGCAUUUAGGAGGGGUGAUGAGGAAGAAAGCAUCAAUUCGGAAGGAAUGGAUGGAUCUCCUACGAGCAAUGGUCUUGAAUCUCCCUGAAUUGGCAAACCUGAAUUCGUUCAACCCAUUAUGCAGUGAAGAUGCUGAAGUAGAUUUCUUUUUCAAUAUUGUUCAUCUGCAGAAGCAUAGAAGGGCAAGGGCUUUGUCACGCUUUAGGAGUAUCAUAAGUACCAGUAGCAUGUCCGAGGACAUCCUUAACAAGAUUUUUGUGCCAAUGUUUUUCAAUAUGCUGUUUGAUGUUGAAGAUGGAAAGAUAGAGCAAAUAAAAAAUGCGUGCCUAGAGGCCCUUGCAUCAGUUGCUGGUCAUGUGGAAUGGAGGUCCUAUUAUGCAUUGCUCAUUAGAUGCUUCCGACAAAUGACAACAAAUCCUGAGAAGCAGAAGCUAUUGUUGCGUUUAAUCUGCUUUAUUUUGGACCAGUUUCAUUUCUCAGAAGUCAACUUUAGUCGAGAAUCUAUAGGCCCUUCCGAAACUGCUCCAGAUACAGUCAAGUUGGAUACUGCCUCAGUUACUUUGAGAAAAUGUUCUUCAAUUGAGGCCAUGGAGAUACAGGAUUCCCUCCAGAAAAAUGUGCUACCAAGGAUACAGAAGCUUCUGAACUGUGACUCGGAUAAGCUUAAUGUUAAUAUUAAUCUAGCAGCCCUCAAGCUGCUAAAGUUGCUUCCAGGUGACACGCUGGAUUCACAGCUUCCUACUAUCAUUCAUCACAUCGUAAAUCUCUUAAAGAGUCGUGCAGAAAGUACCCGUGAUGAAGGCAGGUCUGCUUUAGCAGCUUGUUUGAAGGAACUUGGGCUAGAAUACUUGCAAUUCAUACUCAAUGUCCUGCGUGCUACACUGAAGCGAGGAUAUGAGCUGCAUGUACUGGGUUACACAUUGAACUUCAUAUUGUCAAAGUUUCUUGUGCAUCCCAGUAGGAUGAAGUUGGAUUAUUGUUUGGAAGAUCUUUUAUCAAUAGUAAAGAGCGAUAUCCUUGGAGAUGUUUCCGAAGAAAAAGAGGUGGAGAAGAUAGCAUCUAAAAUGAAGGAAACUAGGAAACGAAAGUCAUUUGAUACGUUGAAAUUGAUUGCACAAAACAUCACAUUCAAAAGCCAUGCUUUGAAACUUCUUUCUCCUGUUACUUCUCAGUUACAGAAGCAUCUGACUCCAAAGCUGAAAGUGAAGUUGGAGAGCAUGUUAAGUCAUAUUGCAACUGGGAUUGAAUCUAAUCCGUCUGUUGAUCAGACUGACCUGCUUAUUUUUGUAUAUGGCCUCAUUGAAGAUGGAAUAAACAAAGAAAUGGGUCAGGGUGAUAAUUUGACAGUUCCUUCUGGAGAGAAAUAUCAUAAGGAUAACAUGAGCGGGAACAGAGUUGCUACGAGUCAGCUGUUUCAGAUUGACUCUCAGGGUUCACAUAUGAUUACGGUGUUUGGUCUUGGAUUGUUGCAUGCUCGUCUCAAGAAUUCAAAAAUGGACAGAAAUGAUGUAAAUCUGCUGUCCAUGUUGGAUCCUUUUGUUGUACUGUUAUGCAGCUGCUUAAGUUCCAAAUAUGAAGAUAUCUUGUCUGCAUCUUUAAGAUGUUUGACUCCUCUGUUCAGAUUGCCCUUGCCAUCUUUUGAAACUCAGGCUGACAAAAUUAAAGGAGCGCUGCUUGAUAUUGCCCAAAGUUCUGUGGAUAGUAGCAGCCCUCUGAUGCAGUCAUGCCUCAAAUUAUUAACUGUGCUUCUCCGGAUGACCAACAUAACACUUUCUUCUGAAGAAUUACAAACAUUGAUACAAUUUCCCAUAUUUGUUGACCUCGAAAGGAAUUCUUCUUUCCUUGCCCUUUCUCUACUGAAGGCAAUCAUCAGCCGCAAGUUAGUGGUACCUGAGAUAUAUGAUGUUGUAAAACAAGUUGGAGAAUUGAUGGUAACUAGUCAAGUGGAUUCUAUACGUAAGAAGUGCAGUCAGAUUUUAUUGCAAUUUUUACUCGAUUACCAUCUAUCUGAGAAGCGGUUGCAGCAGCAUUUGGAUUUUCUGCUUUCGAAUCUGAGGUAUGAGCAUUCAAGUGGAAGAGAAGCUGUGCUUGAAAUGCUUCAUGCCAUUAUUGUCAAGUUUCCUAAAAGCGUUCUGGAUGAGCAGUCCCAAUCACUAUUCAUCCAUUUGGUGGUUUCUUUAGCAAAUGAUCAAGAUAACAGAGUUCGCUCUAUGACUGGUGCAGUGAUAAAACUUUUAGUUGGGCGUAUAAGCCCUCAUCCACUUCAUUCUAUCCUUGAGUAUAGUCUUUCUUGGUAUUUGGGUGGGAAAAAGCAACUCUGGAGUGCUGCAGCACAGGUCUUAGGGCUGCUGGUUGAAGUCAUGAAGAAAGGCUUUCAUAAAUAUAUUUCUAGUAUAUUGCCUGUAGCUAGAAGCGUUUUGCAGUCUGCUGUCAGUUCAGUUGCAAGUGACCAACUGGAUCUCCCUGAUGAGGCAGCUAUUCCUUUCUGGAAAGAAGCGUAUUACUCUCUGGUUAUGUUGGAGAAAAUUUUACAUCAAUUUCAGCAUUUAACUUUUGAAGCAGAAUUUGAGGAUAUAUGGACAGCAGUGUCAGAGUUGCUGCUGCAUCCACAUAUGUGGCUACGCAAUAUAUCCAGUCGUCUUUUAGCAUUUUACUUCGCAGCAAUAACUGAUGCAUGCAGAGGAAACAAUGAGAAGCAAUUAGGAGACUUUCUUCUGAUGAGAAAAAGCAGACUUUUUCUGAUAGCUGUUUCCUUGUGCUGCCAAAUGAAGACGCAACCUGCGGAUGAUGCAGCAGGACACCUCAUGAUAGAAAAUAUUGUUUUCUCCAUGAGUUGUUUAAAUUCUUUGAUGGGACAUGUUGAGCCUCUAGCUUGGAAAAGUUUUUGGCUUACUCUUGGACAGGAUGAGAAGCUUUGCUUUCUCAAAGCGUUCCAAUUGCUUGACCCAAGAAAUGGAAAAGCCAUCUUUGUCUCUCUAACAUCUGGUCUAGAAGGCCAUAAUGAUGGCCACUCUGGAGAUGGUCGAUAUUUGCUCGUACGCAGUUUGCUUAAAAGGUUGCAGAAGAUUGCCCUUCAGAUGGAGCAUGUUCAGUUAGAAAUUGUCUUCGGUAUAUUCCAGAAGUUCUCAUCACAAAUUGGUGGUGAAGAUGCAGUGCAUUAUGCAUAUCAGUUGCUACUACCGCUCUAUAAAGUUUGUGAAGAAUUGACGGGGAAAGUCAUAUCUGAAAAUUCGAAACAGUUAGCUCAAGAGGUUUCUGAGUCAUUACGAAGCACUUUGGGCCUCCAGAAUUUCGUACAAGUUUAUGGCCAGAUAAGGAAGGAUCUUAAGCACAAGAGGGACAAAAGGAAACAGGAUGAGAAGCUCAUGGCUGUGAUCAAUCCAGUGCGUAAUGCCAAAAGGAAACUGAGGAUGUCCGCCAGGCAUAGCGCCCACAAGAAAAGGAAAAUAAUGACCAUGAAGAUGGCGAGAUGGAUGCAUUAGAAAACAGGAGUGUUAUCAUUCAUGGACAGCGGAUGCAUCUUUGUGAACAAUACGGGCUAUCUCCGGCCUUCAGGGAGCGCCUCUGAUAUACAGUCUCCUUUUGGCUGUCAAAUGCUGGAGGAGCAAAAAAAUGGUCAGCACGAUGCAAUCUCAUCCAUCGCCCGCGAACCAGAGAGUUCCUUAAAAAGCAGUUCUUGAAGCACGACUUUGAUGUCACCUCUGUUUGAUAGAUAACCCGGAACCUCCUCCCACCAUCUGUGAAAAGGGAGAUUCAGCACCUGCGGAGAAAGCGAGGCCGUGUGGUAUUGUAUUGAGGAGCUUUUUGCAGUAGGGCUGUGCUGCUGCGGUAAAGGUCGGGUGCUCAAGGACGGUGUGGUGGGGGCAUCAUGGAGAGGUCAUUCUAACUCCAUCCGUACCUUGAUUUUUGUUCUUUUUUUUUUGGUAGAAAAGUCAUUUAUGCGAGCCGAAGCUGGCCCCUUGGUUGAGGUGAAUGACGAGGUCCCUUCUCUCUGGACUAAAUUACCGGAAAUGGCAAUGGUUAACAGUGUCUUAAGUUAUGCAUGGGGUCUAGAAUUUUGUCGCGAGGAAAACAUCCCUUUUGUGAUGUACAGAUACGGAUAUCGUCUUGUAUUAUUUCAUUCUUUAUACAGUGGCAUUACGUGUUGAUGCUGGUUGCAUUUC